AAUGAUUUCAAGUCUGUAAAUUUGUAAAACAAGUUAGGUUAGGAAAUGUUCAGAUUGGCGCGGAUUGAUAUAUAUCAAUUACCCCUUUACACUUAUGUUCUAUCGCGUCGUUGGAAGGUUAACAUAGCGGGCACCGGCAUUUAACCGAAUUUCGUUGGAUUAUAGUAUUUUUUGCUUGGAGUAGGCCUAGAGUAGGGUAGCAAGAUGGCUGAGGAGAAGGAUCAACCCCAGCCUGAUCCAACCCAGGCCGCUGACAACCACACAGAUCAACCAGCUGAAGCUUCUCCUGAUAAAAAGAAAAAGGACAAAAAGGAGAAAAAGGUUAAAGAAAAGAAAGAGAAAUCUCCUAAGAAAGAGAAACCUCCAAAGGCUGAAAAGGCCCCAAAAGCAGAGAAGCCUCCUAAAGCUGAAAAGCCUCCCAAAGCAGAAAAGGUGAAACCAGUGAAGGAGUCUAAGCCACCAAAGGAGGUGCGACAGGUUCAGAGUGUCAAGAUGGCUGUUGCCAGAGUCCUCAUGUUGGAUGGUACAGACUUAGAACUAGAAGUUGAGAAAAAAUCCAAUGGCCAAGUUCUGUUAGACCGUGUGUGCGACACUCUUAACCUGUUAGAAAAAGAUUAUUUCGGCAUCACAUUAAGAGAUGCUUCCGACACAAGGUACUGGUUGAAUGUAGAAAAGAAAAUUGCCAAGCAAAUUAAAAAUGGUCCAUGGGUGUUCAGUUUUGAAGUGAAGUUCUAUCCCCCAGACCCAGCCCAGCUACAAGAAGAUAUUACCAGAUACCAGCUAUGCCUGCAGAUUAGAAAUGAUAUCCUAACUGGAAAAUUACCUUGUUCAUUUGUGACCCACGCCCUCCUUGGAUCCUACACAGUACAGUCAGAGUUAGGCGACUUUGACCCAGAAGAACAUGGGACAGAUUCAGCAUAUAUCAGUGAAUUCCGCUUCGCACCAAACCAAUCUGCGGAACUUCUGGAAAAAAUUGCUGAACUACAUAAAACACAUAAAGGCCAGACUCCGGUUGAAGCAGAGCUUCACUUUUUAGAAAAUAGCAAGAAAUUAGCAAUGUAUGGUGUAGACCUUCAUCCAGCAAGGGACUCUGAAGGUGUGGACAUAAUGGUGGGUGUAUGUGCAAGUGGGCUUCUCAUAUACAGAGACAGACUCAGGAUCAACAGAUUCGCCUGGCCCAAGAUUCUCAAGAUUUCAUACAAAAGAGAUAACUUUUAUAUAAAGAUCCGCCCUGGAGAGUUUGAACAGUUUCAGAGCACCAUAGGUUUCAAGUUGAAUAAUCACCGUUUGGCGAAACGUCUUUGGAAGACGGCAGUUGAGCACCACACAUUCUUUAGGUUAAGGGAGCCAGAACCACCAGCAAGGCCAAGCGUGUUCCCCACAUUUGGUUCUAAAUUCCGCUACUCUGGACGAACACAAUAUCAGACUAGACAGUCUGCUGCCCUCAUUGACAGGCCCUCACCGUACUUCGAUCGUACACUCAGCAAUCGUUACAAAUCAAGAAGCAUGGAUGGUGGCCUCUAUCCCGGCCAAGGAGGUUACCCCGACCAGUACAACCAGGAGGGACGUGUCCCAGGAAGCAGAAGUGGCGGAGAGGUUCCAUUUGCUGAUAUGUCAGACACUCGUCUUGCCGCAACAGAACGAUUGGAAGAGGAACGUGAACCACAGGAUAAUGAAGGCUAUGACAGGGAAGGUUUCAGCUCUGAGGAUGAGGGACACAAUAUUUCGACAGAUCGUGUAGGUGGCCAGAUGACUACAUAUAAGAAGACUACGACUACAUUGACCAAGACGACUGUUACGGGAGUCCCAGGCAGCCAGGAUGAUGAGAACAAGGAGGUUGAUGAGAUCCAACCCAAGCCUGUGGUAGAUGAAGAGUCUAAACGCCAGGCAGCACUCAUAGCAGGGGAAGCCAUGAUGGCAGCAAGAGCUGAUCGUGAGCGAGAAGAAGAGGAAGCUCGCCGUCGUGAACAAGAACGUCUUGAGCGAGAAUUUGAAGUUAACGAAGAGGCUAAACGUCUUGAGCGCGAGGCUGAAAUGGCUCGUCUAGAACGUGAAGCACGUCGUAUGGUUGAAGAAGAGGACAGGAAACGUCGUGAGGAAGAAGACCGAUUGGCUGAGGAGGCUCGGCAAGCUGCGGAGGCUGCUGCCUUAGCUGCUGCUGCCAAGGACCGUGCAAGUCGUGAUGUUGAUAUUGCUACACGAGACAUCAACACACAAGAAGAUGUCACAGACUCUAAGGAUGUCAUUCUCGGCCCUGGUGGUGAAAUAAUCGGCUAUAAGACCACUACAACAACUACUACUACGAAAACCAUACAGCAAACUGUUCGUGGAACAGAGCACGUCGAAAGCGACAUGACUGCAUACAAGAAUACAAAGGAUGGAGUUACAGAGACUAGAGUAGAGCGUAAAUUUGUGAUUACAAGCGAUGGUGAUGAAGAAAUUGAUCACGAUUUGGCUUUGGCUGAGGCCAUCAAAUCAGUGACAGACAUGAAUCCGGAUCUGUCAGUAGAAAAGAUAGAAAUCAAGACAGAGUCACAUGACAAAUAAAUAGGUUUGUCUGUCUGUGUGUCCGGACUGAGGGUUACUCAAAUUUAGAACAUCGCUUCCACUCCACAUUCAUGCCAACCAACCAAACCUCCAUUAACAUGAACAAUUAUGGAAUAUUAAAACUAUCCAAGAAUGAAAAUAUUGAAUACAGACUAAGUCUACCAUGGAUUACUAAAUCAGGAUAUAUUUUAACAUUUGGUCAUACAGUCUAAAUGCGCAGCAGAUUAUAGAGUAGAAUGUAUGAUAUUUUAGUAGAAACAUGAUGUUACAUUGGAACUUAUUUGAAAUGGAGAACAUUCAGAUUCCAUAUUGUAUUGUAUAUUGCCGAGUGAAGGUUGCUUAUAGUGUAUUACGCUAGUGGUCAUGUGACGUUGCAUUGUUAAGAUGCGGUACCAGGAAGAAAACGUGUAAUAUAUCCCGCGUGUAGCUUAUGGAACAAUGGAGAGAAUUGAAUAUAAUGUAUAGAAUGUAUUGUAUGUGUAUUCGACCAUCUAUGGGAUAUGCUUUUUAUUCAUGUGCAACAUAUAGAUUAUAAAAAUAUCUGUAACCCAUGCAUUUACGAGGCUGUCUUGUUCAUGUGUAUGGAUCCAAAUCUAUGACAGGAUACAUUGGGUUUCAUUUCUCAAAAGAAAUGAGAUGCAAUAUAUUUUUGUAAGGGUUUAUAGUUUGCAUAUUCGAUGAACAAGAUGUGUGUAGCUUACAUAGGCUUGUUUUGUUGCCUCAGCAAACGUUUUUACGAUUUUCAUAAAACAUAUUUUUGAUGAGCAACCUUUGUAUUUGCACCUUAUAGCCAAUCAUGUUCAUUUGUGUACAUUUACAAGGGUGCAGUUGUGUAAGGGCCUAAGACCCACCAUUCUUUAGAUGUACCAUUUUUAUGGGGUGGGACCCAUCAUUAAGCUAUUAUAUCUGAACACAAAAUAAAUAUAAUCGUAACAAAGUUUGCCACUUUAAUACCAUUUUAGUCAUUCUUCGGAUUCCUGAACCUGAUACAUUGUACAUUUAUAGUUAUUGUUUUUUAAUUCUAUGUGAAAUCCAUAUAAAAAUGAUUUUUAAAAGUCCAGUUCAAAUUGAAAUGAUUUGCGUAUUCGUAAGUUCAUAAUUGAGUUGUAAAUGUUAGUAUUACGAAACUUGAAGCCCUCUGCGAUCUUGUAGAACUUUCUCAUAUGUGCCAUAUAAUACCACAUGUUCUUAAGCAUUGAUGCUAACUGAAUUUAAGAUGAACCAUUCUUAUGAUUCUUGGCAGUUUUUGCCAGAAUUUUACACUUUUUAUGGAUAUAUCUUUAUGGUGUUCCAAAUAUUUAAAAAGUGGCAAUUUUUGACAAGAAUUGUCUGAGUUUAAGGGAGAGAAAUGGCUGUACUUAAUUCAAUUUUAAUUCAAGAUCGCUGGGUAGAGGAGUUAUGUAAUAAUCAUAAUUUUAGUACAAGAACGUACUUGACAUAGAUAUUUGACACACUUGUAUUAUAUGCUAUUUAGAUGACGCUAACUUUUAUCAAUAUAUUGUCAUGUUUUAUAUUUUGUAAAUAUUAUGAUAUAAAGAUUUAGUCUAUGAUUAUAAAACACAAAUUGAUUAGGACAUUUAGAAAUUAUUGAUUGAAUAAUUUCAAUUUUCUUUUAGUAUGAAACCAAUGGGAUAAAUUAAUAGCACGCACCAUAGAUUAUGAUUGAUUAUUAUUUCUUUGUAAAAAUCUGACGCCUACUCUUGUAUAUGAUAUAAUCAUGCUAAUUGGGAUCAACGGUCUUCAUAUAAACAAUAAAAUCAUCCUCUUUUAUACAAAAUAAACAAGAAAUUGUAUUUUUGUUGUUGAUUUAGUUUUUACAGAGUGAUCACUAAGUUCUGGGAAUU